AUGAAGCCGAAACCCUUUGCCCACAAAACGGAGAACACGUACCGGUUUCUUACGUUUGCUGAGCGACUUGGGAAUGUUAAUAUUGAUAUCAUCCAUCGGAUUGACAGGACUGCCAGUUAUGAUGAGGAGGUGGAAACCUAUUUUUAUGAAGCACUACAGAAAUGGAGAGAAUUGAACCUCACCGAGCAUUUUGGGAAAUUUUACAAAGAAGUUGUUGGCAAGUGUCAGUCAUUCAAUCAGCUGGUUUAUCAUCAGAAGGAGAUUGUCCUGAGCCUAAAGUCCCACCUGCAGAUCAAGCAUAGCCUGGCCUAUCAGCCACUUUUGGACCUGGUUGUUCAGUUGGCUCGGGAUCUGCAGACUGACUUCUAUCCAAAUUUUAAAGAUUUUUUCCUGGCCAUCACAGCGAUUCUAGAGACCCAGGACACCGAGUUGUUAGAAUGGGCUUUUACCUCCCUCUCUUACCUUUACAAGUACCUCUGGAGACUCAUGGUCAAGGACAUGCCAAAUAUAUACAGUUUAUACAGUACCCUCCUGGCUCACCACAAAUUACACAUAAGAAAUUUUGCAGCAGAAAGUUUUACAUUUUUGAUGAGAAAGGUUUCAGAUCAAGACGCCCUCUUGAAUUUAAUGUUUCUUGACCUUGGCAAACAUCCCACAAAAGUGGAAGGUGUUGGACAGUUACUUUUUGAAAUGUGCAAAGGAGUUAGAAAUAUGUUCCACUCCUGUGCAUCCAAGGCAGUCGGGGUAAUUCUAAGGAAGCUGGGCCCAGUUACAGAGACCAAAGCACAGCUGCCCUGGCACCUGGUGGCGGAAGCGCUCAGGCAGAUGGUCAAGUCCUCGGCUGCCUAUGUCUACAAGGACCAUUUUGGAGUGUUUUGGGAAUGCUUGCAGGAAUCGCUCCUGGAGCUCCAGGACAAAAUGUCCACGUCUUGCUGCUCGGGCGGUUCAGACCAAAUGGAGAGGCUGCUGCAGAUCUACCUCAUCCUGGUGAGACAUGCCAGUGGCUCCAAAAUUGGGCAGCCCGAAGCAAUCUGUACGACAAUAUUGCAAACAUUGGACAUCCCUGAUCUCUCCACAUCUUGCCGUAAGGUCCUCCUCGAAGUGAUUUCUGCAUUAGUCUUGGGUGAGAAUAUUUCCUUGCCAGAGACCCUCAUCCGGAAAGCCGUGGAAAAGACUUUUGAAAGCGGCUUUGAAAGACGUUUGAUUUUUGAUUUCUCCAGUGGGAUGUUUUCCAUGAAGCAGUUUGAACAGCUCUUCCUGCCCACUUUGUUGGAGUAUGUGGAGAACUGCUUCCUGGCCGAAGACGCGGCUGCCAAGGAGGAGGCCUUGGCCAUCCUGGCGAAGCUCAUUCUGAACAAAGCCCCGCCACCCACCAUGGGCUCCAUGGCCAUUGAAAAGUACCCCCUGACUUUCAAGGCGAGGCCCUUGGGACCCCGCACGAGGCAGAAGAGGACCAGGACCGGCUCAGAGUCGGAACAGCUGCUGGUGUUGGGCCACAUCCUCUCCCAAAUCCAGCUCCCCCCCAGCACAGAGACGGGGUCUCUUUCCCACCUUUGGGCGGCGCUUGUGGUGCUGCCUCAUCUUCGACCGAUGGAGAGAGAGAAGAUGGUGCCUCUGGUCACAAGGCUCAUAGACUCCUUCUUUGCGGCCAGCAGCAACCCGGGGAGCGUUGGUAAAGGGGAGUUAUUCGUCCUGUGCCAGGCAGUAAAUGCUCUGCUGAGUUUAGAAGAGUCUUCUGAAAUUCUCCAGUUGAUUCCUGUGGAACGAGUGAAGAAACUGUUGGAGACCUUCCCCGAGGAGCCUUCUGUGCUGCUGCUGGCCGACCUCUAUUACCAGCGCCUGUCCCUCUUUGGCUGUUCGGAACCUCUGGCAGAGGAGACUUUGAUGAGCCUGUAUGUCAGUCUGCAAGCAAAUAUCUCGGCCGGGGUGUCCAAGAUUCGACUUCUGACGAUAAGGAUCCUGAACCACUUUAAGGUCCAGCUUCCCGAGGCGAUGGAGGACGAUGGGAUAGGGGAGCGCCAGUCUAUCUUUGCUACAUUGCUGCAGUCUGAACUUGUCCCAGCAACUGUGAACGAUUACCGAGAGAAGCUUUUGCAUUUGAGAAAACUGAGACAUGACUUGAUCCAGGCGUCCAUCCCUGACGGACCUUUACACGAGGUCCCGCUCCGUUAUCUGCUCAGCAUGUUGUAUAUUAACUUCAGCGUUCUCUGGGAUCCCGUUAUUGAACUCAUCUCUUCUUAUGCCAAUGAGAUGGAAAACAAAAUGUUCUGGAAAGUCUACUAUGAACAUUUAGAGAAAGCCGCUACACGUGCUGAGAAGGAACUACAGAAUGACUUCAGAGAUAAACGUCUUCGCAGUAAAGUUGUUGAGAAGACCGAGAUGGGAGAUGUGGGUACCCUUUAUCACGAACAGCUGGAACAAAGAACCGAUUGUCGGGAAAGACUGGACCACACCAACUUUCGCUUUUUGCUCUGGAGGGCCCUGGCGAAAUUCCCAGAGAGAGUUGAGCCUCGGUCCCGGGAACUCUCCCCUCUUUUCCUGAGAUUUAUUAGCAAUGAGUAUUAUCCAGCAGAUCAUCAAGUGGCUCCAACUCAGGAUCUCCUCAAGAAAGGGGAUGCAGCCUCUGAAGAGGAAAAAGAGGAGGGGGCUGCUGCCGAGGGUAACGAGGGAGCUGCAUAUGGGGAGGAGCUGCCCGAUGAGACUGUGGUGUUAGGAUUCCAGAAGAAGAAGACCAGGAGAGCCGCAGCCAAGCAAUUAAUUGCUCACCUGCAGGUUUUCUCUAAAUUUUCAAAUCCUCGGUCCUUAUAUCUGGAGUCACAGCUCUAUGAACUGUAUCUGCAGUUACUGUUGCAUCCUGAACAAGAUGUGCAAAAAAUGGCCCUGGAGUGUAUCAUGACCUACAAGCACCCCCACAUUCUGCCUUACAAGGAGAAUUUGCAGAGGUUGUUGGAAGACAAGAGCUUUAAAGAAGAAAUUGUCCAUUUUAGCAUUUCAGAGGAGAAUACAAUUGUGAAAACAGCUCACAGAGCUGAUCUUUUUUCAGUGCUUCUGAGAAUUCUUUAUGGACGAAUGAAAAACAAGACUGGGAGUAAAACUCAGGGCAAGUCGGCCUCCGGGACGCGCAUGUCGAUUGUCUUGCGGUUCCUCGCGGGGUCAUCGUCUGAAGAGGUCCACAUGUUCUUAGACCUGCUGUUUGAGCCUGUGAAGCACUUCAAAAAUGGGCCCUGCCACUCUGCGGUUCUGCGAGCUGUGGAGGACCUGGAUCUGUCCAGAGUCAUCCCCCUGGGCCGUCAGCACGGUGUCUUCAACAGCCUGGAGCUGGUCUUAAAAAACAUCGGUCACCUGGCCAGCCCCUACCUGUCGGAGAUCCUGCAGAUCCUGCUCUGCAUGACGGCGACCGUGUCCCAUGCCCUUCAGCAGAGGGAGAAGAUACAACUAAGGGUCAUUAAUCCCCUAAAAAAUCUGAGGCGUCUCGGACUCAAGCUGGUAGAUGAGUUUUUUUCCGAGCAGGAAACUUACAACUUCAGCACGGAAGAAAUCGAUGCUGUUUUCCAAGGUGCCGUUUGGCCUCAGAUCACCAGACUUGCAUCUGAGAGCCAGUAUUCACCAACUCUUCUGCUGAAACUUAUUCAUACUUGGAGUAAAAACCCCAGGUACUUCCCUUUGCUGGCUAAGCAGAAACCCGGGGAGCCAGAGUACGACAUCCUCAGCAAUGUGUUUGCCGUUCUCUCGGCCAAGAUCAUGUCUGAAAUCACAGCCAGUGUCGUGAUGGAUAUAGCUGACAACCUCCUUAACAUACCAGAUUUUGAACCCACAGACACAGUGUCAGACCUGACUGUGACUGGAUGUGUUUAUACAGAGAUAACGGAAAAUGUGGAUGAGUCCAUCACUCUGGGCGGAAGGCUGAUGCUGCCCCAGGUGCCUGCCAUCCUUAAGUACCUCAGCAGGACCAUGGUCAAUGUAGAGAAGGUGAGGAAGAAGAAGUACCGGGCCCAGGUCAGCAAGGAGCUCAGCAUCCUUUCCAGGAUCAGCAAGUUUAUGAAAGACAAGGAGCAGAGCUCCAUCCUCAUCACCCUCCUCCUCCCUUUCUUGCAUCGAAGCAACGUGGCCGAGGACACCGAGAUUGAUAUCCUGGUGACCAUACAGAACUUGUUAAAGAAUUGUCAGGACCCAACGAGCUUCCUGAAGCCCUUGUCGAGGCUUUUCUCUGUCAUUCAAAACAAAAUGUCCCGACAGAUGCUCUGUACAGUUUUUAAGACACUUUCUGAUUACGACAGUAGAUUGGAGUACAUUACAGAAGUAGUCAAGCUGAAUGCUUUUGAUCAGAGACACCUGGACGAUAUCAACUUUGACGUUCGCUUGUCAGCUUUCCAGAAAAUUACUUCUCGCAUUAAAGAGAUGCAAACUGUAGACAUCGCCUUCUUAAUUCCUGUAAUGCACAAUUGUUUCUACACGUUACAGCUGAAGGACAUGGCCCUGAGUGACAGCGCCAGCCUGUGCUUGACGAGCAUCAUCCACCGGCUGGCGGCCGCGGACGUCACGGAGGCCCAGUACCGAGAAGUCAUUCAGCGCACGCUCUUGGAGACCUUGAGGAAAGGCCUCAAGAACCCAGCCGAGAGUAUCCAGCAGGAAUACACCACUUUACUUUCCAGUUUAAUUCAAACCUUUCCAAACCACCCAGAAUUUAAAGACUUGGUUCAGCUGAGUGACUUCAAUGAUCCUGAAAUGGACUUUUUUGAGAACAUGAAACACAUUCAGAUCCACAGGAGAGCCAGAGCUUUGAAGAAACUUGGCAAACGCCUGACAGAGGGCAGGUUUGUUCUGUCUUCCAAGUCCCUCCAGAACUACAUCAUGCCCUACGCCACAACGCCGAUUUUUGAUGAGAAAAUGCUUAAGCAUGAAAACAUAACAACAGCUUCCAUGGAGCUUAUUGGAGCUAUUUGCAGGCACCUUUCCUGGCCAGGAUAUAUGUAUUACUUGAAAUUUUUCAUUCAUGUCUUACACACAGGACAGAUCAAUCAAAAGUUGGGUGUCAGCUUGUUAGUCAUAGUACUAGAAGCUUUCCACUUUGACCAUGAAACUCUUGAGAAACAAAUGGAAAAAAUUCAGAGUGAAGAAAAUGCCAUGGAGGUGGAUGUGCCCGCAGAGCAGGAGGCCAUGGAGGUGGAUCCCACCAGUGAAGAGGGGAAGAAGGAAGAGGAAGAAGAGAAGGAACCGCUUCUGUGCGAGGCUGGCGAGAGCCUCCCGGGCUCGGCCCCAGAGAUCUCGGCCACAGAGCCUGAGGAGGGCUUCCAGGUGCUUCCAGGGCUCCCCAAGAGCAAGCAGGAACUGGAGUGUUUAGUCAAGCAGAUCCACAAAACCAUCAACAGCAGCGUCCUCCCCAAGCUUCACAAAUGCCUUUCUGCAACGACAAAAAGGGAGGAGGAGCACAAGCUCAUCAAGUCCAAGGUCGUCAACGAUGAGGAGAUCGUUCGGAUCCCCCUGGCCUUCGCCAUGGUCAAACUCAUGCAGUCCCUGCCGCAAGGAGUCAUGGAAGCCAACCUGCCAAGUAUUUUGCUGAAAGUGUGUACCCUCCUAAGGAAUAGAGCCCAGGAGAUCCGGGAUGUCGCUCGCAAUACCCUUACAAAAAUAAUAGAGACCUUGGGUGUGCAUUAUCUGCAAUACAUUUUAAAAGAAUUACAGAGCACUCUUGUCCGUGGAUAUCAGGUCCACGUGCUCACCUUCACUAUCUACAUCUUGCUGAAAGGGCUUGCCAACAGCCUGAAAGUUGGAGAGUUGGACCCUUGCUUGGACAUCAUGAUUGGGAUCUUCAACCACGAGCUCUUUGGCAGCGUCGCCGAGGAGAAGGAGGUGAAGGGGAUCAUCUCCAAGGUCAUGGAGGCCCGGCGAAGCAAGAGCUACGAUUCUUAUGAAAUCCUCGGCCAGUUCGUCGGGAAGGACCAGGUCACCAAGCUCAUCCUUCCCCUGAAAGAGAUUCUACAGAACACGACCAGCCUGAAGCUGGCGCGCAAAGUGCACGAGGCCCUGCGCCGCAUUGUGGCGGGCCUGAUCGCCAACGCGGAGAUGACGGCCGAGUGCGUCCUGCUGCUCAGCCACGGGCUCAUCAGCGAGAACCUCCCUCUGCUGACAGAGAAGGAGAAGAGCCAAGCCGAGCCCAUUCCGGAUCCGCGCCUGCCCCCGCAGAGCUGCCUCCUGCUCCCACCCACCCCCAGCCGGGGCGGGCAGAAGGCGGCCGUGAGCCGAAGGACCAACAUGCACAUCUUGGUGGAGUCUGGGCUGCGGCUGCUGCACAUGAGCCUGAAGCGGUCAAAGGUGAACUCCUCAGAUGAGCGGGUGCUGGAGAUGCUGGAUCCUUUCACGUCCCUGCUCAUCGAUUGCCUCAAGUCCAGAGAUACCAAGGUCAUCACGGGAGCCUUGCAGUCUCUCAUCUGGGUGCUGAAGUUCCCCCUGCCCUCCAUCACGGAGAACUCGGAGAAGCUCACGAAGCAGCUCUUCCUUCUGCUCAAGGACUACGCCAGGCUCGGGGCUGCCAGAGGCCAGAACUUCCACCUGGUCGUCAACUGCUUCAAGUGUGUGACCUUCCUCGUGAAGAAGGUCAAGUGCCACAAAAUCACCGAGAAGCAGCUGCAGGUCCUGCUGGCCUACGCCGAGGAGGACAUCUACGACUCGUCGCGCCAGGCGACCGCCUUCGGGCUCCUGAAGGCCAUUUUGUCAAGAAAAUUGAUGGUCCCAGAAAUUGAUGAAGUCAUGAAAAAAGUGUCCCAGUUUGCAAUUACUGGACAAAGUGAACCAGUCAGAGUCCAGUGUAGACAGGUUUAUCUGAAAUACAUCCUUGACUACCCUAUUGGUCCCAAACUGAAAUCCAACUUGGAGUUCAUGCUGGCUCAGUUGAACUAUGACUACGAGGCGGGGAGAGAGUCUGCUUUGGAGAUGAUUGCCCACCUGUUUGAAACCUUCCCGCAGGGGCUGCUCCACGAGAACUGCGGGCUCUUCUUCGUUCCCCUGUGCCUCAUGAUGAUCAACGACAACUCUGCCAAGUGUAAGAAGAUGGCUUCCAUGGCCAUCAAGCUGUUGCUCAGUAAAGUCAGCCUGGAGAACAAAGACCUGAUGUACGUGCUCGUGGUCAAGUGGUUUGGGAGUCAGAAGAGUCUGCAGAAGCGCUUGGCUGCCCAGACCUGUGGCCUCUUCGUGGAGACCGAGGGCCCAGCUUUUGAGAGGAGGUUUGGGACGGUCCUCCCUGUGAUCGAGAGAGAGCUUGAACCUUCCCAGCUCCGGGAUCUCAUUGAAGAAACUGAUGAAAAAGCGUCAGACAGACUUCUCUUUGGUUUUCUCACCCUGAUCACUAAACUCAUCAAGGAGUCCAACUUUCUCCAGCUCACCAAGCAUCCGGAGAGUCUGAACAACAUCUGGAGUCACAUCCAGACCCACCUGUCACACCCCCACAGCUGGGUAUGGCUCACUUCAGCCCAGAUUUUUGGAUUGUUGUUUGCCUCCUGCAAACCAGAGGACCUGGUUAAGAGGUGGGCUGCCCAGAAGUCUAAGAAGAAGCAGUCAGGCCCAGUGGCCCUUAACUUCCUCACAAAGGAACUGGAUCACAAGAUGAAAAGAUUGGCUUUAGCCUUUUGCUCUCAGUUGCAGUCGAAGUUUCUGGAUCUGUCUCUGGGAGAACAGAUCGUUAAGAAUCUCUUGUUUGUGGCCAAAGUCAUCUAUCUGCUGGUGCUCCAUGCAGCAGAGAAGGAAAAGGCCCCGGAGGAGACCGGGGAGGCGGCCGCCCCAGAAACGUCCCAGGCCGCCAGCAGCGAGGACCGGCCCGGGCCGUCUGAAGAAGCCUCCGACGAUGAAAACGAGGCGGCCGGGUCGGCGGAGAAGGCUGGGGCGGAGGAGGAGCUCGGCAGGCCCGCCAACCUGUUCUGGCUGAUCCACAAGCUGUCUGUCAUGGCCAAGCGAGAAGCUGCCUAUUCGCCCAAAAACCCUUUAAAGAGAACCUGCGUCUUCAAGUUCCUUGGGGCUCUGGCCCUUGAUCUGGGACCGGACAAGGUGCGGCCUUUCCUCCCCAUGAUCCUCGCCCCGCUCUUCCGGGAGCUGAACAGCACCUACGCAGAGCAAGACCCUUCCCUGAAGAACCUCUCCCAGGAGAUCCUGGAGCUGCUCAAGAAGAUGGUGGGCCUGGAGGCCUUCUCGCUGGCCUUCGCCUCGGUGCAGAAGCGGGCCAGGGACAAGAGGGCGCUGCGGCUCCAGCGCAAAGCCAUGCAGUUCGUCACUAACCCGGAGGUGGCGGCCAAGAAGAAGAUGAAGAAGCACAAGAACAAGAGCGAGGCCAAGAAGAGGAAGAUCGAGUUCCUGCGGCCGGGUUACAAGGCCAAGAGGCCUCGGAGCCAGGGCCUGCGCGACCUGGCCAUGGUGGAGUGAAGCCCGCCCGCUGUGCCCGGGGACGGGACCGCUCCUCGCGCCCGCGGUUUCAAACAUUAAAAGCGCUGAAAGCCCGCUGCCCCUGGUCUGCGUUUGUGCGCCUGCGUCCAUGUGCAGAGGGGGCGGCCGCCCUUUUCGGAGAGCGGGAACAUUACGCACGCUCUCCUUUUGUGGCGGGUCGGGGUCCCCCAGGCUCGCGGGGCCUCUCAAAGGUGAGUCUGGCGAUGCUGGGGCCCUUUUGUGUGGAAGCUCCGAGGUGGUGGAAGAAAACGCUGGGGUCGGGCAGAGUCUAGGGCCAGAGACAGGCUAUCUUUUUUCCGGUCCAGCGUCACAGACCUCCCGAGCCCCACCCCACCCCACACCCCACCCCCCCCUCCCGUGGGCCUCCGGUCCAGGCCCUUUGGUGCCGUCUGCCUGGAGAUCUCGCUCCUUCCCCUACACGGGGCUGGGGACAGAUCGCAGGGCGGGGCCUUCCUGUAAGAUAGGCAAACUUGGGGCCAGUCAUUGAAUGAUCCCGAUCCCUACCUGGUGCUAAGCACUCUGCAGUCACUAACUUAAGGGUCCCCCAGGAGGUAGGGGCCGCCAUCAGCCCCUUUUUACAGAUGAGUAAACUGAGGCUGGUGGGGGUCCGGUGACUUGCCUGGUCCCACAUCUCUCCUGGCCCGGCCCGGCACCCCCAGCCUUCCUUCAGAGAAGGUGCCAACUUAGGUAGGAGUUCGUUCUUCCGGGAGUUCCUAAUACCAAUGAAACUCGGGCAGAUCCGUCAUUGGCCAUCUCUCCCCCCAGUCAGAUUUCAGUCUGCCAGUUUUGCUUCUACCUCAGACUUCUCCUAGAGCCCCGAUAUGGCCUUGUGUCCCGGUGGUCCGGUUUAAAAUUCCCGUCCCCACUGCCCACUGACCUCAGUGACCCUUUCCCCGUGGCCAGUAGUAGUUGCCCGUUUUGUACAGUGUUGUUGCUUGCCUGACAGAUGUAAUUGUCGUCUUGUAUUUCUAUUACCCUUUACCCCAUAUGAUUGACAGCUGUCACCUAGCGGUGUGGCCCAUCACACGCUAGCAAGUCAUCUCGUUUUUAAUCUAUAUUUGCAAAUGUCUCGACAUUAAAAUUGUUAUGUUUUA